AUGUCAGCUCCCGUCAAUCCAAAGCCUUUCCUGCAGCAACAGAUGGGCAAGCCCGUGCUGGUUCGUUUGAAGUGGGGCAUGGAGUACAAAGGUUUCUUGGUAUCUACGGACAAUUAUAUGAACUUCCAACUUCAAAAUACGGAAGAGUUCCAAGAUGGAAGGUCGAAUGGAAUGCUGGGUGAGGUCUUCAUUAGGUGCAAUAACGUCCUAUACCUGAGGGAGCUGGGAGAUGGCGGAUCAUAG